AGGGGCAGUCCCAUAUCCAGCCCGUGACAGCCCUAGCAGGCAGAACAUGAGCGUCUUCCUGCGAAAGCGAUGCCUCUGCCUAGGCUUCCUGCUCUUCCAUCUCAUAAGUCAAGUCUCUGCAACUCUGCGCUGCCCGGCUCGGUGCCCGCCCCAGUGCCCCAGUAUAUCACCGACCUGCGCCCCCGGGGUGCGCUCGAUGCUGGACGGCUGCUCCUGCUGUCCGGUGUGCGCCCGCCAGCACGGGGAAAGUUGCUCUGAGAUGAUACCAUGCGACCAGAGCAUCGGUCUCUACUGUGACCGCAGCGCAGACCCCAAGAACCAGACUGGCUUUUGCUUGGAGCUUCCAGAAGGAGACAACUGUGUGUUCGAUGGGGUCAUUUACCGCAGUGGAGAGACAUUUGAGCCGAGCUGUCAAUACCACUGCACCUGCAGAGACGGGCAGGUUGGCUGUGUGCCCCGCUGCCAGCUGGACGUGUUACUGCCUGGUCCCGACUGCCCAGCUCCGAGAAAAGUCGCAGUGCCCGGGGAGUGUUGCGAAAAGUGGACCUGCGGCUCAGAUGAGGAGAGGACACUAGGUGGCCUGGCCCUUCCAGCCUACAGACCGGAAGUCACCGUAGGAGUCGAAGUCUCUGACUCCAGCAUCAACUGCAUUGAGCAGACGACGGAGUGGAGCGCGUGUUCCAAGAGCUGUGGGAUGGGCUUGUCCACCCGAGUCACCAACAGGAAUCGCCAGUGCGAGAUGGUAAAACAGACGCGUCUCUGCGUAGUCCGACCUUGUGAACAAGAGCCUGAGGAAGCAACAGACAAGAAAGGUAAAAAGUGUCUCCGCACCAAGAAGUCACCGAAAGCCAUCCACCUACAGUUCAAGAAUUGCACUAGCCUACACACCUAUAAGCCCCGGUUCUGUGGGGUCUGCAGUGAUGGCCGCUGCUGUACCCCCUACAACACCAAAACCAUCCAGGUGGAGUUUCAGUGUUCUGCAGGGCAAACCAUCAAGAAACCAUUCAUGGUCAUUGGAACCUGUACCUGCCACUCCAACUGCCCUCAGAACAAUGAGGCCUUCCUCCAAGAGCUGGAGCUGAAGACUAGCAGAGGAGAAAUGUAACAGGUGCCAAGGGAAGCACAUUGAUUGAGGCAAACUGUUGCUA